AAUAACAAAUUAUUAUUGUGUUCACGAGUUGGAAGGGGUGCAGGAAGCAUGGCUCAGGGAGUGUGCUUUUUGAGGUUUUUACAGCCUAGCACGUGUGGCAUUCCCCUGACGGGCCCUAGAGUGACGGCCAGGGGCCGAGGGCAGCUGAGGGCCCUCCCUGGAGGCUGUACACCACACAAUGGUGGAAGAGACUGGAGGAUACACAGGUUUUCUACUCAGAUGAACGCACAGUUUCCCAAGUCACAACCCAAAGGUCGUAUUAAAAAUAAGUCUACGGUAGAUAUCAUUCGAGUUGCAGAUGAGAGCAUCAGUGAGGGCAAAGCUCUUGUUACACAUAUCAAUCAACAUUCCUUCAGCAAGACCCUGGAACGCAUUCCAAAAUUGCCAACAACUGCCCAAGUGCCUCAGUCGGUGGAAGAUUGUUUCCUCACACAAAAUUUGCUUGAACUUAGUGAGCCAGUUGUAAGUGAAAAAUUCAAGGCUUUAAUAAGUUCACACAAUGAGAGCAGUUGGACUGGCUAUCCUACUAUACAAGAGGAAGUGAGAUGGGACAGAAACAUGCCCCAUACCUAUGAUGCAAGUUUUCUAUUGAACGAUGUUGUUAGUGAGAAUACAGAAAUGUUGGAAUUAAAAUCUAGUGAUAUAAAUUUUUCAGAAAAGUUGUUUAAGAAUGAUGCACCUUUGGAAGGAAAUGCAUCGUCUGGCUUGCCUAGUACUGACAUAUCACUCUUAUCUCACCCACUCAAUGGUUUUGCUCAGGUAGGGAUUGUCCCCUUUCCAAGAACUAGUGAUGGUGAUCUUGUUAAUGGUGCUCAUGUUCCUGUGCAAGAAGAGGCAGCAGUUUCUAGUGUAAAAACUAAAAAGAAAGAAUUGUCCUCUAAAAAGAAAGCAGUGUCCUCUAAAAAGAAAACCAAAUCUGCAGCUGUAGUGCAUAAAAAAUCUGUAUCGAGUAAAUUAAAAGAGGUUAAAGCUACUUCCUCCAACACAUCUAAAUCUAAAAAGAAGCAUUCACCAACUAAAGUGUUAAGUAAUGAACAUCUUUUGGAGGAGACCGAAACAGAAGCACAUGAACCAGAUGUGGAAGGUUCGUUGCCGCCGAUCUUGGGGAAUGAGAGUGUCAGUGCUUCUUCAACACUUCCUAAAAAAAUUGUGAAGAAAACAAAGAAAGUGAAACAGCAGCAAGAAACUCUGUUAAAGGAAGCUAGAAGAAAAGGACGAGAAGAAAGUUUUAACCAGUCGCUUACUGCUUAUGUGAGCAUAUGUAUCAGCUUGGGGAUGCUUAAUCGUGCCAUCCAUACACUCCUAUACUACCGCAAUUGUUCUAAACAAAGAAAGUUUGCAAGUCAGAAGAUCAACUCCAUUCAUCCUUAUAAUGCCGUACUUUUGGGUUAUGCAGAAAAGGGAAACUUUAAAAGGAUGGAAGAGAUUUUAAAGUGGCUUGAUGAAGACAACAUUGUACCUAACGAGACUACAUUUGCUGCAUUGUUGAAUUGCCUGGGACAGGAACCAGAAUCACCUACCAACACAAACAAUAUUAAUGGAUGCUUCUCUACUAUGGAAAAAGCAGGCAUAGAUAUCCAGGCACUCUUUGAGAAGGUAGAAUUUGUACGAGAUGGACAUGAAAGUACUCUGAGAGCCAUUCAACGUGUUAUUCCCUCAUUUAAGCCAAAGCAAGAAACCUUCCCUGCUGGUUUCAGAUGCAAUCUUGUCAACGAGUUGAACACGUCUCUCUACUCAACAAAGGUAACUUCACCGGCGGAAGGUGCAGUGACUGAGGACCAGCUGGCAGCAUGGGCCGAGGAGCAGUUUGCCCUGGAGGUAAAGAGUGAGUUAGUCAUUGACAGCAUUGAGAAGAAGAUGAAUGCUGAAGAUACUCAGUACUAUAGAGAAAUGCUUGAAUUUUGGGAAGAUAAAUGGAGGAAGGUGCUGCACCAGACGCUUGUAACUCAGUUAAAUGCGCUGAAGAAGUGUUUUUUCGCUAACCGGCUCGAUAAGCGAAUGACGUUGUACCCUUAUUUAAUUUCCAUACCUCCAGAGGAGUUUGUCAGCAUAAUGAUGCAGGAAAUAUACAGAUUAGCUCGUGGGUCAGAGACAUUCUCCUUCUCCAAAUAUGCGCUGUAUCGCCGAUUGGGAGAAAAUGUGUAUAACCGCUAUCUGGUGAAAUACAAGAGAGAUACUGGUGUGCUGGAUAAGCUCAAGAGAGUUUACAAGAAUUACCUUUCUUGGUACUUCGACAGCAAUAGAAAAGAUGGUGUAACGUACAAUCCUCGUGUGUGUUGGCAAGAGUUAUGUUUGAAGGAAGGUGGCCUUGAUGUAGAGCAUAGCCCAGUGGAAUGGCCCAACACAGUGAUGGUGUCUCUUGGCAAGUUUAUGUACUCUCUCAUUCUCUUAAAAGUGAUGGUCUGGAAUCCUCUCCAGUCAAAAAAACACGCAUAUCCUGCUGUAUACGAAGUAGAGCGAACCAAAGGUUACCGCGUGGUGGACGAGAUCAAACCUUCGCCAUCUCUGGUGGAACUUUAUCAAAAAGCUGCUAAGCCAAUAUUGACAUUUGAGUCAGUGUGCUCACCCAUGGUGUGCCCACCUAUACCUUGGGUCUCCACUAAACUGGGAGGCUAUUUGAUCAAUAAUGCCAAAAUUGUCAGGUUACCGUUUAAUGCUUACCAGCAACGGCAGCGGAUGGAGGAGUGUGGAAAUCAGCAACUGUACCCUCUCAUGGACUCUCUCAACCAGCUCUCGACUAUUCCCUGGAAGAUCAAUAAGCCUGUUCUCGAUAUUAUUAUUGAGCUAUUCAAUAACAAAGGAAGUGUAGAGCUGGACAUCCCACAACCGCUGUCUGAAUGUCCAGAGCCUGAGAAAAUUCACGAUGAUAUGACCAGUGCUGAAGUUCACAAGAUACGUCGCCAGCAUUUGGAGUAUGAUCAGAAAAAGAGUGAGAUGCAUUCUCUCUGGUGUGAUGCACUCUACAAGCUUUCUCUUGCACAUCAUUUCCGUGACCGAGUGUUUUGGUUUCCGCACAACAUGGACUUCCGAGGUCGUGUGUACCCCUGCCCUCCACACCUCAAUCAUCUGGGUUCAGAUGUUUUUCGUUCAGUCUUACAGUUUGCCAAGGGAGAGAAACUGGGACCUCAUGGAUUAAAAUGGCUCAAGUUACAUCUGAUAAACCUGACUGGUUUUGUCAAAAGAGAAACUGUAGAAGAUCGCUUAAAAUACUGUGAAAAUGUAAUUGAAGACAUACUGGACUCGGCUGAUAAUCCUCUGACUGGUAGGCGGUGGUGGACUGAAAGUGAUGAGCCCUGGCAGACACUAGCAGCAUGUAAAGAGUUAGCAGCAGCCAUCAGAAGUGACAAUCAAGAAGAGUAUGUUUCUUAUCUGCCAGUUCACCAGGAUGGCUCUUGCAAUGGUCUGCAGCAUUAUGCCGCCCUGGGUCGGGAUAAAAUUGGUGCUGUAUCUGUCAACCUGGCGCCCAGUAAAGUACCACAGGAUGUGUACUCAGCUGUAGCUGUAUUAGUAGAAAAUGAGAGAAUUAAAGAUGCCGAUGCUGGAAAUGAGGUUGCCCAAGCACUAGAGGGGCAUGUGCACCGUAAAGUUAUUAAGCAGACAGUUAUGACCACAGUGUACGGCGUUACACGUUUUGGCGCUCGUCUUCAGAUAGAUAAGCAGCUCAAAGAUCUAGACGAGUUUCCCCAACAGCUCCGCUGGGCUGCCUCUCAUUACCUCGUUCAGAAAGUUUUCCUCUGCCUUGAGAAGAUGUUUACAGCGACCAAGGAUAUCCAGAACUGGUUUACUGAUUGUGCAAGAUUAGUGACUGAGACUCGUGGGGAGAACCUUGAGUAUGUAACACCCUUGGGUCUUCCGGUGGUACAGCCGUAUAGCAAAUUACGAACUGACACGGCAUCAGUGACAAAACUGGCAACAUCAUUUUCCAUGGACAGCUACAUGAAGCCCAAUGUGAUGAAGCAGAAGAAUGCAUUCCCACCAAACUUCAUCCAUUCACUGGACUCGUCACAUAUGAUGCUAACAUCUCUGUACUGCCAACAAGCAGGCAUCACUUUUGUCUCGGUGCACGACUGCUUCUGGACCCAUGCCUCCACAGUUGACAUCAUGAGUAAGAUAUGCCGUGAGCAGUUCGUUGCCCUGCAUCAAGAGCCCAUUCUUGAGGACCUCUCCAAGUUCCUACAGAAGACAUUUGGCUUGUCUCACAGUGACUUUUCCCAUGAUGGGUCAGCUCUGGACUCCUCCAAGAUGAAGCUCAACACCAUUGUGGCCCAGGUACCUCCCAAAGGAGAAUUUGAUAUCACCAGUGUUCAUAAAAGCAUAUAUUUCUUCUCAUAACAUUAUAUAUACAGUAUUUGGUUGUUACUUUCUGUAACCCAUGAUAGUUGUGGUUCAAUUAUGUGAUAAUUAGUGCAAUUGAUGACAGGAGGAAGCUUUCCAACACCAACUGAAAUUAGAUAUCUAGAUCUUGCAUAAACUGUGGUCAUCUUUCAUGCAGAAACUUACAAAUAAUUUAAAUUUAAAAUCACUUUGUUUUUCACAUACUGUACCUUAAUGGAAUUAAAAAAGUGAAGUAAAGGUAAAACAGACGUUGGAGAUAUAAAAUAUAAUUAAAUUAUGCUUUUAGAUGAAGUACAGAGUUGCUGAUUGCGAGAAUGUAAUCUACUUCCAAGUAGAACUUUCUGAACUGUACUGUAUGAUAGUUGUCAAUAAUUUAAUGUGCAUGAAAAAUUUGUACAAGAUUAAGAAAUCUGACAUUAGAUUUCUGAUUGGAUAAAUGUGAUAUUACUGUGAGUCAAAUGCAGUAGAAAUUCACAUUGAUGGAUAAAAGAUGAAGUAUUUUUUUUCAUCAGGUUUGCAUAGGAAGGUGCAGAUUGUCAUAGUUACAAUUUUAGGUGAAGAGGUUGUUGAGAGCCACUGCAACUAUUGCAAGAUGUCUUUAUACAGUCAAUGUGGAGUUUUAGUGUUUUACUUCUGGUGUUGUGUUAACUGACAACAUUGUGGUGCUCUACACAUGCAACAGUAACACUGAAGCAUUCGUCAAACUUGUCAUCCAACACAGAUACUGUUCACAAAUUAACUGUUGUCGUACAGUGUUUCAUGUUUUAUUUUUAUUGUCUUUAUCAUUCUUCUGUUCUUUUUCUGGAAUAACUCUUGCAGUAUUCCAAACAUAGCAUACACACAUUCAUACUAUUUCACAACAAAACUUAGUUGGCUGAAGUAUCAUGUAGAAUUCAAAACCAAUAUUCUAAACAGUUCUCUUUGGUUGUCAUUUAUAAAAAGAGCCAUAUAUAUAUAUAUAUAUAUAUAUAUAUAUAU